GUAGAGAAAAGAGGUAGUGAGUGCUGCACUGUGAGCGUGGCAGGCGACCGCACUCCUUCUUUCUCUCCCUGCCGGGGAUGCUCUGAGGGCUGUGCUGAAGCCUUAGGGAGGGGCUUCUCCUCGGCUGAUGGUCCUGGGUUUAAGGGACUACUUGUGGCUGCAGUACGAGGCAUGCUGGGAAAACCCAAAUACCUGAGCGUCCAAAAUGGCCGAAUGGGCCUGGCUGUGUCAGAUGGGGAGAUAAACAGCUCUGGGAUUCGGGGUAGUGAUAACAGUGUGGACAGCCUGCCAAGCACGCAGAGUGUCACUCAUUCCUUGGGGCAAUCCGUAGCCCGCUGGGCUGAGUCCUUUGAAACGCUGCUGCAGGACCGACUUGGUGUUGCCUACUUCACUGAAUUCCUGAAGAAGGAGUUUAGUGCUGAGAAUGUCUAUUUCUGGCAAGCAUGUGAACGGUUCCAGCAGAUCCCAGCUAGCAGCACCCAACAGCUGACCCAGGAGGCUAGAAGGAUCUACGAUGAGUUCCUAUCCAGCCAUUCAGUGAGCCCAGUCAACAUUGACCGGCAGGCCUGGAUCGGUGAAGAGAUGCUGUCUACUCCCACCCCUGACAUGUUUAAUGUCCAACAACUCCAGAUCUUCAACCUGAUGAAAUUUGACAGCUAUGCACGCUUUGUCAAGUCUCCGCUGUAUCAGGCAUGUGCAAAGGCUGAAGGUCAAGGGCAGCCCUUGCCAGAGUUGAGGCCCCAUUCUCGCAGUGGCAGUCCUCCUUCUGACCACUGGAAGAAAACAAAACUAAAGGCAGGGAAGUCACUGCCAUUAGGUGUAGAGGAGGCUGGCAAUUUCCCCAGAAGUCCUCGGAGAUCCUUCCGGAAAGGAGACCGGAGGGGAGAGGAGAGAAAUGGCAGCGAGGGGCCAUCCCUGUGGCGUGAAUCCCAAGGCUCUUUGAAUUCCUCUGCUAGCCUGGACUUGGGCUUCCUGACAUCUUAUGCAAACAGCAACUCCCAGACAGAGAGCCACAGGAAGAGUCUGACGGGUUCAGAAUCUGACAGUCAGAACCAGUCCGUCAAGUACUGUUGUAUUUAUCUGCCGGAUGGGACUGCCUCUCUGGCUCCUGUGCGCCCUGGUCUCUCCAUCCAGGACAUGCUGGCUGGAAUCUGCCAACGUCGCGGCCUCCACCUGCCUGAUGUCAAGAUCUACCUUGUGGGAAAUGAAAAGAAACCACUGGCACUGAACCAGGAGAGCUUAGUUCUGGUGGACCAGGAGGUGAAGCUGGAGACCAUGGUCAGCUUUGAACUGAACAUCACACCCAUCAACAAGACAGUCCGCAUUCUGGCAAAAUCCACUAAGCAGCUGCGGGAAGCACUGCAGCCAAUAUUGGGGAAAUACAGCCUGGAUAUUACACGGGUGCAACUCUGGCGGCCUGGUGAGCUUCAUGCUCUGAAUCUGGAGGAGAGGGUUAGCACAGUGGCUGCUCAGAAGCUUGUGCUGGAGUCAGAUGCAGAGAUUAAACCUGUUGGUGUGAGUCACGUAGCAAACCCUUCUUGUGAGCAGAGUGAGGAUGAUAGCUCUGUAGAGACAGAACCUGAGGCUGAAUCGCUCUCUGAUAUGUCCUGUUCCCUCACCAAGUCCACCAAGAGUUACCAGAAGCGGCGCACAUAUGACCUGGAAGGGCUAGUGGAGCUGCUGAACCGGGCACAGAGCUGCCGAGUCAAUGACCAGCGUGGGCUGCUCUCCAAAAAGGAUCUAGUUCUGCCCGACUUCCUUCAGUUGCCUGAACAAGACGGAGUCUCCUGCAAAGCCCCCUGCUCUUCCAGGCCUGACCCAGAGGAGGAGGAAACACCUGCAACUCCACUUUCUGAGGCAGUCACUGCCUCACAGUCCCAAGAGCCAUCUGUGCCCCAGGCAUCUCCCUCAAAGCUCCAGACAGGAAGUCCAUCCACAUCAAGCGCUGAUUCUUCUUUGUGGCCAGAGAAAGUUCUCAGUACUGCUCACCAGGGAGGAGUCAUGGAGCUGAACUCAAAGGAGCAGCCCAGCUCCCCACAGAAACAGGGAGUGAAAGCUCGGUCUAAAUCCACAGAGGAGAUCCAGCCUGCCAAGAAGGCCUUCCACACUCCACAGAAGUCCUUGCCCAAUCAGACGGAUGGAGAUGAGUCCCAGGGUUCCUGUCCUGUUCCAGCAUCCAAUACCACUCAACAGCAGCAAACAUGAGGGGCAGGAGCCACUUAAGUGCUGAUUGCAAGGAGUGCGGAGCCUUAACCAUCCCUUGUGCUGCUCCUUGGUCUGGCCUUGUUGCUCAGUCUUCAUGCCCUGUGGAUGUCGCCGUGGUACUGUCUGUCCAACUGUUGCUGUCUGACUGUCUGUCCUAUCUGUGGAAUGAGAUCUGGGUAAAUAAAGUUAGUUGGAAUCUC